CGUUGUGCUCGACCACCUCUCUCUCUCUCUACUGGUGGUUUAUUGUAACAGGAUGUUGUCACCACGUGUCUCUAACGGUCAGCGGAGCUUCAUUCUGCAGACGCCAUGAAGGCAACUCUGCUUCUCCUCCUGUUGGUGAGCGUCGGCCAGACGUCUGUCCACAGUCGUGCCUCGGUGACGGUCGCUCCCAACAAGUCUCAGUUCUACGAGUACGAGAACAUCUCUGUGAGCUGUGAGCAGACGAGCUCCGCUGGAUGGACGGUGUGGAGAUACACGACCGACAAGUUUUUUACUAGUGUAAAGCUGUCCCAGUGCGGAUCGGGAUGGGGUGAACGGACCUCCUCCGCCUGCGUCAUCAAGAUCACCAAGCUGUCGGACAGUGGCGUGUACUGGUGUCAGUCCAGACACGGAGACAGCAGCAACACCGUCAACAUCACCGUCAUCAGUCAGACUGAGCCGGUGUUGAUGAGUCCUGUCCUCCCUAUCACGGAGGGACACGACGUCACUCUGUCCUGUACGACAAAGAAAAACUCCUCCAACCCCCGAGCUAGUUUCUACAGAGACGACUCCUUCAUCGGGACUGAGCCUGAAGGUCUCAUGACCAUCCGCAAUUUCUCCAAGUCUCACGAAGCUGCCUACAAAUGUAACAUCAGCGGUGGCUUCUCUUCCCCCAGCUGGCUGCUGAUGGAAGAUGGUUCCGACCCGGUUCGGCUCUCAGUGUCUCCUGACUCGUCUCAGCUGCUGGAGUACGAUACUCUGUCUCUGAGCUGCGGUAACGCCAGCGUUCACGGCUGGAACGUCAUCAGGUCCACCACGUCCACCACGUCUGAGGAGGAGAUAUCCAGCUGUGCGAAAUGGGGGAAGCUCACCUCUGCAGGCUGCGUCAUCCAGUUGACCAAGGUGCCCGACAGCGCCACCUACUGGUGCCAGUCUCCUGAAAAUCAGCGGAGCAACUCUGUCCAGAUCACCGUGUCCGAUGGACUGGUGAUCCUGCAGAGUCCUGUCCUCCCUGUGACGGAGGGACAUGAGGUCACUCUGUCCUGUAGGACCAAGAAAAACUCCUCCAACCCCCGAGCUGGUUUCUCUAAAGACGGAUCCUUCAUCAGGACUGAGCCUGAAGGUCUCAUGACCAUCCAGCAU